CUUCUCUGAAUCUGAAUAACAAGAAACCAGAGCUAAACCAGAAGAAAUGGCACUUUCUUUCCAUGUUCGUUCUAACAGCUUCCCUUCAAGACAACACCCUCAAGACGCUCAUGUCGAUGAGCAAUUGAACCGGUUGAGAUCUUCAGAGACAGCUUCUUCAUCUUCAAGCUCUUCUAUCCGCCAAAGACUUAGCAACCUUCAAGAUUUACAUGAUUCUCUUGACAAGAUGCUUCGCUUGUCCAUCACUCAACAAACUUUAUCUCAAGAACAAGUUGAGAUGAUUCUUGAUGGAUCUAUCAAGAUCUUGGAUUUAUGCAACGUUUCCAAAGAUGGUUUAUCACAAAUGAAAGAGAGUCUCAAGGAGAUCCAAUCUAUUUUAAGAAGAAAGCGUGGAGAUCUAUCUGCUGAGAUCAAGAAAUACUUAGCUUCUAGAAAGUUUCUCAAGAAAUCAUUCCAGAAAGUACUCAAGAAUUUGAAAACUGGCCAAAACAAAAACAAAGAGUCUUUGGCUGUGUUUAGAGAAGCAGAAGCUGUAACAGUUUCUUUGUUUGAAUCUAUGUUUAGCUUCAUUUCCGGACCAAAGUCUUGUGGCAAAUGGUCACUAGUCUCAAAGAUGAUGAGCCAGAACAAAGCUGCAUGUGAAGCCAAUGAAUUCACAAGAGUGGACUUGGAGUUCCAAUCAGAGAAGUCUUUGAAGAUUGAAGAUGUGCAGAACUUAGAUUCAUGCAUUCAAGAUCUUGAAGAUGGAAUCGAGUCACUCUCUAAAUCAUUGAUCAAAUAUAGAGUCUCAGUUCUUAACAUCUAAUAGGCCAUUGUGCCCACAAUGUUUUUGUACAAAUAGGAUAAUGUAAUUGUUAACUAACUCAAAACUAAUACAAGAGUCUUUCAUAUGAUCAAUGCUAUCUUUUCUUCUUUAAUUUCUCCACAUAAGAACACGCUAUCUUUAAAACAAACAGGAAACUUCAGUAUCAUCAUAUCAUAUGCCAUCUCUGUACUUCAACAUGUUCUUCAAUACUUACAAAACUCUGAAACCAUGUUACUCAUGAAUUAAUUCUUAUUCUAAUCUCACUUCGUUUGCUUCUUCACAUGCUUUUAAUCAGCAAAUGCGGAUCUUGAUCAUACUUCAUCAUACAUCCAUACUUUAAAAUAAUUCUUAAUUUACUUACUUUUCUCUGUUUACUUAUAUUAACUCUGUACCUUACUCUGUUUUGUUCUGGUAAAUAACCAUAUUAAAAUAAUUGAAUGUGCACGAGAGACUCUGCAUGUUAUUGGCCUUGUUGAAAGGAAAUUCCAGCACCAUUCAUGGAUAGAUAUGCGCUCUCAAAACCAUAACAAUAUUUGGAGAAAUCAAAUAUUGGAGUGUAGGAGGCAGACAAAAAUCUGCAUUAACCAACGAAGUUUUUAAGAUAAUUAAGAUGGUGCACAUGAAUGCAUCCACGAGUUGCGCUGAUAUCAUAGGCUUCAAUGAGACAAGCCUUGCUGCUGAUAUUAUUUUUAGGUUUGUCAAUUUUGAAAUUUAAAGCUUAAAGUGUUGACCUCCGAAAGAAAGCUUUAAAUUAAAAUCCCAAAAUUUUAAAAUCUCUAUUUUAUCAUAAUUAGUAAAAAUCAUAAAUUCUUAUAUAGAAUUAUAAACAUAUUAAGGAAAUAUUAUCAGUAAUGUUAACUCAUAAGAUAUUAAAUUAUAAUGUAAAGUUACUUAAAAUAAUAAUAAAACACAUAACAAUCUUUAUUUUUAAUUGAAUUUGCUUAAUAAAAUAUUGUUUCUGUGUGAUGACACAAAAAAAAAUUGUUUCUGCGUACAAUUUGCUUUUAAUAUUAUGUAACAUCUCUUCUGUCUUAACAUGUUU